AUGUCUUCCAAGGACUUCAUCAUCAAGCACAUGAAUGCCGACCACCAAGACUCCCUCGAACUAUACCUCCAAGCCUACUGCGGAAUCUCCGCCAAGCAAGCCAAAGCCGCCCAGCUGGAAGACAUCAGCACCUCAAACCUGAUCAUCACCGCCCACGGAACCCGCUACAGCGUCCCCAUCGACCCCCCGAUGAAAGACUACUCCGAGGCGCGCGGCCGCGUGGUCGCCCUCCACAAGGACAGCCUGAAGCGCCUGGGCCGCAGCGAAGUCACCCUCAAAGAGUACCAGGCCCCGCGCGGCAUCCAGCAGAUCGUGAUCUUCGGACUGUGCCUGUUCACCUACAUCAGCUGCUUCCAGCGGAGCAAUUUGCUGCCCGGGUCUGCUGUCUACGAGUACUUGGGAUACAAGUACGUGCCUGAUUUCGCACACUUUGUCUACAAUAUCCAGCCAUAUCUGUUUCCUGCCGUCGUCGCCAUUCAUCUUUUCGAAUCUACGUUACUGGCUGUCACGCAAUUGAAGCCGCUCGGUGUGCCUUUCUUGUCCGGUUUGUGGUGCAAGUGGGUUGUCUCGUGUUUUAUUGAAGGGUUCGGUGCUUUCCAGCGAAUUAAGCAGAUUGUGAAGGAGGAGAAGGCGAAGAAGGUAAAGAGCCAGUAG